AUGUCUUAUCUACAAAACUCGCUGCGGAGAUUCCGCCGCACGCAAACUCAUAAUGUCGACACUUUCCGGUUACAGCCGCUUGCUGAGCUGUCCGGCUCGCUCGGAGACCUGGGGACGUUACUACCUCUCAUGACUGCGCUGGUUAUAUCGAAUUCGAUAUCGUUACCCUCUACACUGCUCUUCACGGGAGCGGCCAACAUCCUCACAGGCCUUUCCUUUGGUCUGCCUCUUCCAGUUCAGCCCAUGAAGGCCAUUGCUGCGGUAGCUAUUGCACGCAAGUUCUCCCUCAACGAGAACGCAGCAGCCGGAGUAGUGGUAGCAGCGCUGGUAGGCCUCUUCAGCGUCACAGGCCUGCUCAACUGGGUAAACCGCGUAACGCCCAUUCCAGUUGUAAAGGGCAUUCAAGUUGGAGCUGGACUCUCGCUAUGCUUGAGCGCUGGAUCAAACAUGCUUCUCCCGUUGACCUGGACCGGCCCAUGGUGGGGCGACAACCUCCUCUGGGCCCUAGCAGCUGUCCUCCUACUCCUCUGCACCUUUGCCUAUCCCCGCAUGCCAUAUGCAAUGAUUGUCUUCACAGCCGGCAUCAUUCUCUCUCUAGCCUCGCCCCAGGACGCAGACAUCACAGUCCCCGAAGCAGCAAUCCCCAUUCUUCAUCCGUCAGGCCACGACUUCUGGACCGCAAUCUCAACCGCUUCUCUCGGCCAGUUCCCCCUCACAGUCCUCAACUCCGUCAUAGCCGCUUCAGCCCUAGCAGCUGAUUUCUUUCCUUCCCCACCCUACCCCAUCGCCCCCACCGUAACGGAACUCGGCGUCUCAGUCGCCGCAAUCAACCUCGUAGGCUGCUGGUUCGGCGCCAUGCCCGCCUGCCACGGCUCCGGCGGCCUCGCCGGUCAAUACCGCUUCGGCGCCCGCAGCGGCUCAAGCGUCAUCAUACUCGGCUCCCUGAAAUUCACGCUGGGUCUCGUCGCUUUCUGGAAAUCCCCAUCCAUCAUCACGCUUCUCGCUAAUAUCCCCAAAUCCCUCCUCGGCGUCCUGGUCCUCGCUGCUGGCCUCGAACUCGCCAAAGUAGGCGAGAGCGUAAAUACCGAUGCGCGCGACUUGCGUGUGCUGGAGCGCGACCUCACGUGGGAUGGUAAGAGGGUGCGGGAGCUGGAUGAGCGGGAUAGGAAGGAGAGGUGGACAGUCAUGCUGGUUACGGUUGCGGCACUGCUUACGUUUAAGAAUGAUGCGGUCGGCUUUGUGGCGGGGCUCGCGUGGCAUUGGGGAUUUGAUUUUGCGAGGAGGGUGCAGGGGUGGCGCGGCGAGAGUGAAGGACGGGUGUGGAUGACAGUUGGACAUGGACGGGAUGAGAGUACGGGGUUGUUGGCGCAUACGGAGUCGGAUACUGUUGCGUGA